AGUCUUAUUGGAGCGAAUUCUCAUACCUGGGAAACGUUGGAGAUGAUAUAGAUCUACAUGAUCACCACGGCUGUGUGUUCCAAACUUGCAAACGAUGCAUGCGCAUGAGUUCAAGCUGGGAAGUCCAACUCACUCUGGAUUUUUCUUGCAUGAGGGGUUGACCUCUGAAAGUAUUCAUCCUCUUUUCAACAUAGCGAGUCCCGAAAGAAAUCCUGAAAGCUACGGAGGGCAUAGGCGAUCUUCUGCUCAAGAUUCGCCCAUGGCAGGCACCUCGCGAGCCCAUCAUCCGUCAACCAAUGGCCACAGACCAAACGGCAACCGUGCAAACCAUUCCAACCCAGAUCAACACAAUGUGAAAUCAGCGAAGCAGAGCAAGCAGCAGAGUUACUAUGAAUUCCUUGGUCUGGAACAGACAUGCACAGAUGCGGAAAUUAAGAAAGCAUAUAAGAAGCUUGCCGUCAAGCUACAUCCAGACAAAAACCUUGACGAUCCUUCUGCACAAGACAAAUUCGCAUAUCUGAAUGAAGCUUAUUCGGUGCUGACAGACCCGAUCAAACGAAUUGACUAUGACAAGGAGUUGGCUGGCGGCAAUGUUGGGUGGGGUUGGAAUCAGGAGGCUGCUAAGGAAAGGGCGCGUAACUAUCAUUGGAAUGGAGACGACAUGUUGUUUAAUUUGGGGGCCCAACUGCAUCGUGCACGAAGAGGUCCCUCAACUGCGCAACGGAUAAAAGAAGCUUUGUCUUGCUGGAGAUGCUCUUGCCUGUCCUCUUCCAUCUAAUCAAAGUGGCCUCUUCUUUGCAACCUUUGGGUCUCAACUUCUUGUCUACAUGGAAAAACGUUUUGUAUAAGUUUGCGGACAGUUGAAAAGAACACGCGUAGUAACGGCCUAAACUCAUAAAUUCAGAGCUUGGUGAACU